AUGGCUCUCUUUGUAAAUGAUUCCGGAGGCAAAACUUCCUUCCAUUUGGAUCUCUGGGGGAGGAUAUCAAGGGGACACCAGAAGUUACAUAGGAAGGAGAGGAUGCAUAUUGAAACAUGGAAUGUGAGAACACUACUGCAAGCGGGAAAACUGGAGAAUGCUAAACAGAAGAUGAAGAGAAACAGAUUGGAUGUAAUGGGAAUGUGUGAGAUGAGAUGGGAAGGUAAUGGUGAACUGGUGAGUGGGGAUUACAAGUUGUUCUAUUCAGGAGAGGAGAAACAGGGACAACAUGGAGUGGGAGUAUUGCUGGGACCUAGGGUCAAGGAUAAAGUAAGGAGAGUGGACUACAUAGACGGCAGGCUGAUGAUGGUGAGACUGGAAGGAUCUGAGAAGGAUUUAGUAAUAGUUCAGACAUACAUGCCAACAAGCCAGUAUGAUGAAGAACAAGUGGAUCAGUGCUUUGGAAGAAUGGAAGAAAUAAUAGAAUGA